AUGGCGGACAUCCCGAGCGUUGAACUAAUCGAAUUUGUUCGACCUUACAGCAACGAAGUGAACUUGUAUGUCACCAGUAUUUCGAAACGACUAGAUAAAGAAACAGCGCAGGUAAAGCUUUUUAUUUUUGUCCAACGGCCACUUUUUUUCGUCCCAGCGGACAAAAACUCCAUACAUUGACUCUUUUUUAAACCUCUGUACAAUGGCCGCCUCUUUACAUGGGCCACUUUCUUCUGUCCCCAAUGUGGCCGUUGUAGAGAGAGAGCUUCGACUGUAUUUAGCCGCUUUCCUAAACUUCAGGUUAAACUUCUGGAGAUAUUCUCCGAGUUCGGUCUGGUGUAUGAAGUUCAAGUUAUUGAUUCAUCAGAUUACUCAGAAGGUAAGGGUUCCAUUGAAAGUUUGGUUCAUGAUCAACCCAGCCUGUGAUUGUGAACAUUAUUUUACAAGCUACAGUGCUACAGUGUAUUUGACCAUGAACAAUCAGACCUGAAUUUAGCGGUCACCCGUAGUGCAUACGGGUUGACCGUUUAAUUCAGGUUUGACAAUUUUCACAGUUAAUUAAUAAUUAAGGAAAUAAAGAAGGUGCCAGAGCAAAAUAGCCAUCUGCAUGUGACGAAUUGACCUCAAAGCGUUUCUGCUUUUUAUUGUGCCAAAAAAAGAAGUAAAAGACCACCACACAUCAUUCACAGAGUAUCUGUUGCAUUGGUAUCAGGUUAAAUCUUGCCAAACUAACUGUUUGAUUGAGGUGAACAUAAAAAAUAGCUAAUAAAAUAGACUAAAAAGAGGAAACUAAAAAAGAUGACUAUGAGUUCUUAAUAGAGUCGACCUUCCAAUACAGAUUUCUUUCACUUACAGUAAUUAAGCCUAACUUUGUGUAUUUGCAUCGUGGCUAAUCAUAUAUUUAAUAAUUAUAUAUAAUUUUUAUUGCCAAUAAAAUAAUGUAUUGUAUAGAAAACAACGUAGGCAUGUUGAAAUUGCCAUGUCCAAAGUACAGGUUACAUUCCAAAGGUCAAUAGUAGAAUUUAGUGCUCAUUUUGUUGUGUAAACCUCAAAUGGCUUGCCGGCAGAGCCAUAGCUAAUACAUUUAUAUACUUAAUCCGUCAGCUUCUGAAGACUCCAGUGUGAGUAAUGUUAACUUCAACUGCAGUUCAAUGUACGCUUUUGUUAAGUUUUACUCAAGAAGGGCUGCGAGUCGGGCAAAAGGAAGGAUAAGUGGAAGGCGCUUACUAGCUGGACAACUUUUGAAGGUCAGUUUUGAGUUGGUAAUUUACCGAUCAUGGGUGGACACCCUGUAUUAAUCGGACUAAUAGCUUGAUCAGUAUGUUUCAAAAAAUGUUUCUUCCCUUAAUUUAAGUGAAAUGAACCUGUAUUCAGGGGACACCUCUAUUAAAUGGACAGCAGCAAAAGUCCUGUGGGUGUCUGUCUAAUGCAGGUUUCGCUGUAAUAAUAAUUGAAUAAUAAUACAUGUAAUAGUAAUAAUCAUCAUCGUUGUCAUCAUCAUCAUAAUCAUAAUAAUCAUGAAUAAAUGAACCUAUAUGAAAUUUUAUUAGUGCUUUAGUUGAAUACUCCAAGUACUACUUUUCUCUCCUAAAACCCCUUUCUGGGUGCACAGGUUCAAUUUGCUCAGCGGAGGAAAGGUCCGGAAAAUGUUCAGCCCCCUUUGUAUAUGGCAAAAUGCAGUGAACUAGCUAAUUAUUAUUUCGGAUUCAAUGGUUGGACAACAAGAAUUGUUCAGGUACUUGACAAGUGAAGAUUCAGUUUAAUUAACUCCCCUAACUAAUCCUUGUUGUACAUAUCUGAUUCAAUAAAGGUUGCUUUGGGGAAAUCUUGGGAAUUGGAAAUUGGGCAUUGUGCAUUUGGGCAUACAGAACAAUGCAAUUGUUUGCCUCAAUGACCACCAACAAUAGCUUCCCAGUUCCCCAUUACCAAUAGACUACAAUUACCGGUAGUCCCCAUUUUUCGUCAGGGAUAGUAGAGUGAGUGAAACGUGAGCACGCAUGAAAAUUACCCCACGUGCAAAAGGCUAGAUGCUCAUUUUUCUCUCUCCCCGCCAGAUCUCGCCUUUCUUGCCAGGGGCGAUUUACAUGUGCGCUCGCAUUUCACUCGCUCUACUAUCCCUGAGGAAAAACGGGGACUACUCGUAGUCUAAAUUCCCAAUGCCCAAAGCAACUUUAUUGAAUCAGUUAUAUGUUGUGGCUCAAUUGAUUAUUUUUAUCCUUGAUUUAAAUUUUAUUUUCUUUUGUUUUUGGGUGUGGUAAUGUAUGAUAAUGAGUUUGAAACAAUGUAAAAUGAAACUUAAACUUACAGGAGGCAGGGUGGUUGAGCGAUUAGAAUGCAGGACUUGCGACUCGGAGGCCCCAAGUUCAAGUCCGCCCUGACCACUAGCUGGAUUUAUUCACGGUAGUCCCGAGUUCAAAUCCUCGACCAUGCUUGUAAAUAGCCAGCUGCUUUGCCUCCGGCCAGUUGGGAUUCUUAGCCCUGUUAUGUUUGAUAAAAUUUGAACUAUUUGUUGCAGUCAUUUGUUCGGCCUUGCUAUCAUAAGUGCUAUAAAUACUGCAGUAGAGUUAACAAAGGAAUAAAAAAAUAAAUUAAUUAAUUAAUUAAACCAGUAUGUUAUUGAACCACAAUGAUAUACGUCCUCUUCUAGAUUGAUAGACUAACAGAUCAGCAUAACUGUGACAAACAGGGAAAGGCCAUAACAGCUAUGUUUAGAUGUGUGGUGAGGCUUGAAAUUAAAGGUUGUGAUUUUUACUGUGAUGGUAGCGGCUAUGGAGGAGACAGAGAUGUCAUUCAUCAAGGUUAGUUUUCCUCUAUUAAAAAACCUUUCAGGACCAAACUCAAACAAAAUUACAACUUUUUUAAGUAGGUGGCAAAAUAGGAAAGGUUGCCGGAUAUUUCAGACGUAACCUAUAGAAUACAAGGCUGGCAUAGGCAGUAGCCCAGCAUAGCUGGCGGAAUUAGCGUGGGAGUGCGACUGUUGUUGUUGUUGUUGUUUUUUGGCGCGUUACCUCGAGAAGUUCGUGAGCAAGUAGAAGGAUUUUUGUUUGCGGCUACGCCGCCGAGGAAUUACAUUUAACGUACCCUGCGCAUUUAGAAAACAUCCCACGUAUAACAAUCCCGCCAGCUACGCAGGCUAAUAAAGGCCAACACUGUAGGAACAAACUAGCGUACAAAACCUAAAGAACACGAGGUUAACAUUAUACGAAUAAACUUUAGUAGUACGAAGUUUAUGUAACAAAGAGAAUGCCACCAUCGUACGAUCGAAAUCAUGCGAGAUAAAUUGUAAAGAAGACAAUACUUACAUCGUAUACCAACAAAGCAAGAAAAGCUAAAGAAGGCAAGACGUGUGAGCAAACGCUUGAAAGAUAAAGCUUUUACUCUAAGAAUUACCGGUAUAACAAAACUAGCAUCAGAGAAGUGUUAAAUAGCAAAAAUGUGAGAUUGGAUUGAUCUAAGGAAAAACUGACAUUACGUUCCUAUUGAAUUGACCUCUCGGUACACACAAACGCAUAAAAAAACUUGACCAAAAUCCAUCCAUCUUAACCUCACGUCACGCCAAUCUCGAAUAUAGACCCCUCUCUCUGAUAAGCGUCCCCCUCUUUUCAGAGAGUUAUUUCCCCCUUCCCAUUGGUCUUUCGGUGAUUAUGUGUGAAUGGGUGGUCAAUCCGUUUUCAAAUCCGGAGGGACUUCCAAAAGAGAAUGAUUGUCGGAAAAUUAGAAUUAAAGGCCCUAAGGAGACCAAUCUGUGCAUGGCUCAAGCCCCUUCACCUUGCACCUGUCCCGUAGUCAUGGUGACCGUUGCGGGGCCACGGACCCAGCAAUCCUUUUCCUCCUUUCAAGCUCAAGCUCUAUUUGACCCCUAUGGGCGACCAUACUCUAACCUAACGUGAAGGCGUUGAUUUCUCUUCAUCUUUAGAUAUUUCUUUAUGUGUACAACCCCUAGUGAUACAUUUUUAUGGGAAAAAUAUUCGCUUUCCGCCUUACAUUAACACUUAAGUAGAGACCAAAAACUCUACUUUUUACCUCUGUUAAAGGGAGACGAUGAUCAUCCGCGUCACUAUUAAGUUGGAGUAUUUUCCCCGGACUUUGAAAUGAAAGAUGAUAGUACGCGUUUUUGGUUUGCAGAGAAAGACCCUACAAAGAAAAUUCAGCUGCUUGGAUAUGCCAAGAAACUUGCUCACAGACACGCAUUUGAAAAUGCAUUUAGAAGAGUAAUAAUUCUAUCUCUGGACAACGGAAAAGUUGGUGUCGAAAUAAACCAGAAGGAUAUUCCUGAACUUGGCUCAGAUGACUUGAAAGAGAAUGGAAUCAUUAACGUAAACUACUUUGACGAAGAACCAUUGUCUGAUUCAGAUGAAGAACAAGUAGCCGAGCUAGAGGCGGAUGGCGCAAAUUAA